AUGGCGUUCAUGGCGAGCGGCAGGGUGGCGAUCGCUCAGACCAGAGCAAGGUUCGUCACUCCCCGCAGCCUCUUCAACUGGGGCAGAGGCGCAAAAGAAGCCGAGACGCCGCCGCCGCAGUUCCAGUACCACGGCGUGGAGCCGCCGUUCCCCAUGUCGCUCGUGGCCAACACGCACCUCAGAGGACGCGAGCUCAGCUGCUGUUACAGGGCCACCGUUGACGGCUUCAGCGCGACGGACUUCCACCGGCGGUGCGACUUCAAGGGCCCCUGCGUCGUCGUCGGCUACACGGCGGGGGGCUCCUUCAGGUUCGGCGGGUUCAGCCCGGAGGGGUACCGCAGCACGGACGACUACUACGACACGCUCGACGCCUUCCUCUUCUACUGGCCGCCGGCAGCGCCGGAGGACACCGCCGCUGCCGUUCCGGUGGUGCUGCCCAAGGUGGGCGGGAGCGGCGCUGCGCUGUUCGACUACUCGCGGGGCGGGCCGCAGUUCGGCGCCGACGGGCUGCUCAUCGGCCCGCCGCUCACCGCCGUGAUGGGGGUGUUCACGGGGCCCGACGCCAGCGUCGGCGUCGGCGACCUCCGGCGCGCGCGGUCACGGCUCGGGCUGUCCUACGCGAAGAGGGAGGACGGCAAGGAGAGCCUGUUCGGCGACGAGUCCAAGGUCGAACUCGACGAGGUGCUGGUCUUCUGUAGCCCACAGAUUGCCAGCAUGUACUAG